AUGACCGGCGGCGCAGCGACCCGGACCGUGGGCUCCGGAGGCACCGCCACGCGAGGGGGACCAGCAUCCUCGUCGAGAGGCGCCGGGUCCGUCGGGUCCGCCGCGUCGUCCAAGCCGCACGCGGCGUCGCACAACGUCUCCGCGGCGCUCUCCCACCGCAGCUCCGCCGGCCUCGCGGGCGUCGUCGCCGCCGCGCGGGAGAAACUCCGCCCGGUGGACCCGAACCUCCAGGAGCGAUUCUGCGUGCACUGCCGGGGCCCGCACCGGAGGAACGCGCCGCCACAUCCCCCGAUCGCGGCCAACCCGUGGCGAAUGGAGUGCGAGUUCAGCGUCAUGUACAAGGCGUCGGAGCUUCCCGCGGACAAGGACAGCGGGUCUUUCAUGGGGGGUAAGGAUUGUCUUCGGUGGAAAGUCGACGGCGCGCCUUUUGAAGAUUUCGACAUCGCGUACUGGCUCCCGAUCUUCGUGGAGGGAGCGCAGGAGACCACCGAGCCCAUGAGGCUCAUCGCCAUCACCGGCAGCAAGCAGAUGAUUCAGGCGGACUGGUCCGUCAUCGGCCCGCUCAUCCCCGCGAUCGUCUCGCGCACGCGCAGGGCGCUGAACAGCAAAACCCCGGCGGCGACGGCGGCGUGCCUGGACAUCGUCCGGUGCCUGCUGACCACGCACCCGGGGGCGUGCGACGCCAUGAUGCGGUGCGACGGGUACAGGCGCAUGGCGCCGGUGCCCAACCUGUUCAUCAAGUCCAAGGAGAUGGUCCGCACGGGGUACGAGCUGAAGAUGGUGGGCGGGCAGAAGGAGAGGCUGUGCGACGUCAUCGACGACGUCCUCAACCUGAUGGCGAGGCAGGGCGGGGCGCGGGGUCUGGCGCUGCUCAAGUCGUACAUACCGACGUUCACGCCGAACAAGCCCGCGGUGCCGCGAUAG